AUGGGGACCUUUGACCUGUGGACUGAUUACUUCGGUUUGGCAGGCCUGGUUGGGGCUCUGCGCGGGGAAGAGGAGCCUGAGACCAGGCUAGACCCCCAGCCAGAGCCAGUGCCAAGCCCAGAGGGUCAGGAGCCCAGCCCAGAGUCAUCGCCAGCCCCUGAACGCCUGUGCUCCUUCUGCAAACACAACGGCGAGUCCCGGGCCAUCUACCAGUCCCACGUUCUGAAGGAUGAGGCGGGCAGGGUGCUGUGCCCCAUCCUGCGGGACUACGUGUGCCCCCAGUGCGGCGCCACGCGUGAGCGUGCCCAUACCCGGCGCUUCUGCCCGCUCACCGGCCAGGGCUACACCUCCGUCUACAGCUACACCACCCGAAACUCCGCCGGCAAGAGGCUGGUUCGGCCUGACAAGGCGAAGACGCAGGACACCGGACACCGCCGAGGAGGAGGAGGAGGAGGAGGAGGAGCAGCAGCAGGAGCAGGAGGCCGCCUUCCCCGGGGGACGUGGACCCAGGCGCUGUGGUGGAGGCUGGAUUUCCGGGAAGAUCUACCCUGUGAGGAUGCACCCCUGGACCCUUCCUUAUGUGUGGGGGGCAUGACGGCUGUUUGA